CUCGCUCUCCAUCUCCCGGGAGAAAGAUUCCAGCUCCAGCACCCAGAGGUCGAAUCACCUUUCUGGAAAGGUUCGUGUUCUUCUGAGGCUUGAGGUCAUCUUCUAGGUCACUGAGCUUGCAUCUCCGGUGUAGAUUGUGGGAGCACAGGAAGCUCACAACGUCCACUUUGCGCGCGUUCAGGGACCAGAGCAUCCAUCGAAGUUGAUCUGCACCUAGGUAGCAAAGCAGAGGUGAAAAUGGCCGCUCGCAACGGAAUUGCAUCUGUCGUGGCUCUGCUGCUGUUCACCUCCUUCCUGACCACACUUGCAUGCGACACCAAUGGUGUGGAGUUCGGCUACUUCGGCUCCCUCGGUCCCAAGCACUGGGGGAGGCUGAACCCCAACUUCACGCUCUGUGCCAAGGGAAUGACCCAGUCUCCGAUCGACAUCAGGACCGACGAGGUUGUCUACAAUCCGAGUCUGGGGCGUCUUCACCGGGACUACGAAGCUGCAAACGCCACCCUCGUCGACAACAUCUUCAACAUCGCGCUGCGGUAUGAAGACGCGCCUGGGACGGUGGACAUCGACGGGGUGAAGUACACGCUGAAGAACAUCCACUGGCACUCUCCCUCGGAGCACACCAUCAACGGCCAGAGGUUUGCGGUGGAGCAGCACAUGGUGCACAUCAGCGACGAGGGUAACAUAACCGUUGUGUCCAUCCUGUACCGACUCGGCAUUAGACCAGAGCCUUUCCUUAUGCAGAUACAGGACAAGCUGUCUGAGCUCUACGUGGAGGCCUGCCGUGCAGAGAAAGGCGCUCCGAUUCCGGCCGGAGUGGUGAGCAUGUGGUCGCUGCGGCGGUACACCCACGCCUACUACCGGUACGUCGGAUCGCUCACCACGCCGCCGUGCACCGAGAACGUCAUCUGGAACAUCCUCGGCCAGGUGAGGGAGAUGACGAUGGAGCAGGCCGCCGCCCUGAUCGCGCCCCUGGAGAAAGACUACCGGCGCAACAACAGGCCGACGCAGCAGCUCAACGGCCGCACCGUGGAGGUCUAUCGCCGGUUCUGGAAGAACAAGACGAACGAGACGCCGUAAUGCCUGAUCGAUGCGCGUCGGUCGUAUGGAGAUGAUGGCGCAAAAAUUACAGCAGUUCCUUUGGGUUUUGAUUCACCAACAGUUAUAUAGUCGUUAGUUGUUAUUAUUUCUGCAAGUCGUGUUAUCUCUAACUAGGUCUGCUCUGUCAGGUUAUAUAUGUGUCUAGUACUAUCUCUGAAUUUGCUCAACUAAGUGUAAGGCCUUUUGUGUCCGUCAGUGGGUCCGAGAGUGUUGAUGUGAUCCUCCUUCUCCUGCCUAUAAGUUAUUAUCUUAAUCAAGAAAUUUCACUUCACGAGUUA